AUGGCCUCCUACACCGCUUACAGCGGCUACAGCAAGCCUCCCGGGUCCUACCCGGGAACCUACCCGGGAACCUACCCGCCCACGUACUACGACGAGAAGCAGGCGCAGAACUAUGCCGAUUACCAAGACUCGGUGUACGAGGAAAAAAUGAAACUGGAGAAAAAGAAGGAGAACAACGCGGUCUGCUGCGAGGUCGUGGCCCUCGUGAUCGGAUUUAUCGGACUGAUCGGGGUGGCGGCCGUGACCGGUUUGCCCAUGUGGAAGGUGACGGCUUUCAUUGAGGAGAACAUCAUCGUGAUGGAGACCCGCUGGGAGGGUUUGUGGAUGAACUGCUACAGACAGGCCAACAUCCGGAUGCAGUGCAAGGUGUACGACUCGCUGCUGUUCCUGCCCCCGGACCUGCAGGCGGCCCGGGGCCUGAUGUGCAGCUCCGUGGCCCUGACCACCUUCGCUCUGGUGGUUUCGGCCGUGGGAAUGAAAUGCACCAAGGUGGUGGACCACCGGGCUCGCACCAAACACAUCGUUCUGGUGGCCGGAGGCUGCCUGUUCCUCAUGGGCUGCAUCACCACGCUGAUCCCCGUCUCCUGGACCGGACACGUCAUCAUCAGGGAUUUCUACAACCCCCUGCUCAUCGACGCCCAGCGGAGGGAGCUGGGGGAGGCCCUCUACAUCGGGUGGGUGACCUCCGCUUUGCUUUUCUCAGCCGGGGUGAUUCUGCUGUGUCGUCACGCCCCACGCACCCAAGAACCAGACGAGAGGGUGAUAUACAACCCCGGGGGAAGCAUCUACCAACCCGCUUACUCAUACCAGCCAUACUCCUACCAGCCGGGAUACAACUACCAGCCGCCAUACUCCGCUCCCCCCCCCCUCUCUGUGGCCUACACACCAACCUGCUCCUCCUCCAUCCGGAUCCAAAGCCGCUCCACAGAGGAAAUCUCCCCCUAUCGCGCAACAGCACGCCUUUCUCCCCGUGAGCCUGGAUGCCUGAGAGGACACAGGAUGGCCAACUCAGCCCUGGAGAUAGUGGGUCUUUUGCUGACCCUGAUCGGACUGAUCGGGGCGGCGGCCAGCACGGGGAUGCCCAUGUGGCGCGUCACGGCCUUCAUCGGGGAGAACAUCAUCGUGUUCGAGACCCGCUACGAGGGCCUGUGGAUGAACUGCUUCCGGCAGGCUGACAUCAGAAUGCAGUGCAAGGUGUACGACUCCCUCCUGGCCCUGUCCCCGGACCUGCAGGCGGCCAGGGGCCUGAUGUGCUGCUCCGUGGCCCUCGGUGGCCUCGGAUUGAUCAUCAGUUUGAUCGGGAUGCAGUGCACCUCGUGUAUCGUCAACAACGACCGGGCCAAACGCCUGGUCCUCAUCAUCGCGGGCAGCGUGGUCCUGAUGGCGUGCAUCUGUGUCCUCAUCCCCGUGUCCUGGACCGGCCACGUCAUCAUCAGGGACUUCUACAACCCCUUGCUGAUCGACGCCCAGCGCCGGGAGCUCGGAGAGGCUCUGUAUAUCGGCUGGGUGGCCUCCGCUUUCUUGUUUGCGGGAGGAUGCAUAUUCAUCUGCUGUAACUUACAGUCUGAGGACAAACGCUCGGAGAGGUACAUCUACAACAAGAACGCAGACUACAGGGCCUACUCUCCCCAGUCUCUGCAGCCCCUCCAGCCUCAGCCGAUGAUGAUGAUUCCUCAGCCGAGGCCCCAGCCCAUGUUGUCAAGACAAGCAUCCACCAACUACAGCUACCACUCCUACCACCCCUCUGUCCGCAGCGGAGUCGCCUACCUCUGA